GUGAGGAGCCGCGCCUUCCCGUUGAACCGCGUCAGACCCACGGACCUCUCUCUCCUGCAGUUACAUGUGAAAUAUGUAAAAAAGAAAGGGAAAAAAAAGAUUACAGAGAAAUUAUGUUAGCUCCUAGCGAGCCAUAACUACAACCGGACCAAAAACUGAUGAAAAUCGAGUGAAACCAAAAACUGAAAUCUCAAACAAGGAAAUAAAAAAUAGAAACCACGUGAAGCCUCCAGCACCACCACCACCCUCUCCCCCUCCACCGACAGAAGCCCGUUACUCACCGGGCUCUUCAGGUCUUCUUUAUAUUCGGUCUUUCCUCGCUUUACCGCCGCCAUGAAAGCUGCAAUCGUGGCCUCCAACAUGCGGGCCCGGAGUAAGAGUGGCUCCGUCGACGCCGUUCCCAAGAGCCAAGCAGGCAAGGGCGGCACUGCUCAGAAGAUCGGCACGCCCUCCAAAAACAACAACAACAAGCAGGUGACCAAGCCGUCCGCCCAGAAGACGCAGGUCAAGCAGGCACCCUCCAAGCAGGUCCAGCAGACGAAAGGAGCGGGCGGCAAGAAAGGAAAGAAGGGCCACAAGCAUCAGCAGUACGACCUCAUCGUGACCAUCGACCUGGUGGAGUACGGACUGACAGACGACCUCGUGGCUGAGUUCAAGGAAGCCUUCAUGCUCUUCGAUAAGGACGAGGACGGCAUGAUCACGACGGCGGAGCUCGGGGUCGUCAUGCGCUCCCUUGGUCAGCGCCCUUCAGAGACGGAACUACGCAAGCUGGUGGGCGAGGUGGAGACCUGCGCCGACGGCACCAUCGAGUUCAACGAAUUCCUGCAGAUGAUGAGCAAGAAGCUGAAGGACAUCGGGAACGGAGACGAGCUCAAGGAGGCCUUCAAGGUGUUCGACAAGAAGAACUCGGGAUACCUGUCGUCCACUGAACUCCGCCACGUCAUGACCAGCAUGGGAGAGAAGAUGUCCGAGCAGGAGGUGGAGGACAUGAUCAAGGAGGCAGCCCCGAACGGCGACGGCCGGGUCAACUACGAAGAGUUCGCCAACAUCAUCGCCAGAAAACACUAAAAAGAAAGGAAAUAAAAGAAAAAAAAAGACUUGCCAGCCACCACAUCCUGCGUCGUGUAUAUAGGGUUUUGUACUUUUGUAGAAUUAUUUCACCUGAUAUAUUUUGUUAAGACGUCAGACACCCUACUGCCGUGGGGGGGUAACAGUGAGGACUUCUUUCUCUUUGGUGAACCUCGGUAUAUCUUGAUUUUCACGCAAAACGCUUUUACCGAUCUUGAGUCUGAAUUGUUUUGUUGUUUUCCUUUCUUUUCUUUUCUUUCUUUCUUUUAAGGCUUGCUGUGGAUUAUUCUUUUUUCUUCCCUUUUUUUUCUCUUCUUUGUUUUUUUUUCUCUUCGCUUUUUUUUUCUCUCUUUCGUAAGGAAAAGUGAGAGUCAAGAUUUUUGUGUGUGAUAUGUCGUAUAUAUUUCGAGUUCCUUUGUUGAUUGGGUCUUUCUCUUUUCUUUCUUGAUCUGCCCAU